CCAAGAUUUCUCGUUUAUUUAACUCCUUACUUUCCUUAUUGAAAGAGCUAACAGAAUAUUUUAUAUAUUUUUCUUUAUCGAUUCCCAGGAAAAAAAUUUUUCUACUUGGUUCCCAAAAGAUGAAUGAAACAAGAUUUUCUCAUUCCUAUUUUCCACAGCACUUUGCCAACCGAAGUGAAGAAAGUAAAUGGCAAAAAAGUAAAGAAAAUGAUAUAUAUGAGCUUGAACGCGCUUUAUUUCCUAUGGAGCUUCUAUGUCAAUCUUCUCAUCAAGAAAGUAAUUUUCAAGAGACAAAGGGAAUAUCUCUCAUGGAACCUGGUAGUUUUGAAGAGACAGUUCAUAAAGAUAGAACUAAGAAAAGCAUUCCGUCCAUUUAUGAUAAACCUUACACACAACAAAAUAAAGAGAUUCAGGCCCAGAGCUUCAGUUUACCUAUCACCAGCGAAACUGCCAGAAAUAACGAGAUUAAAUGUAAAAGAACUAAAAGCGGUAGCAAAGAUGAGGUCAGAGAAUAUGAUGAUAUUUUAAGGGAUAACUCGUGCCCUAACAGAGCAAGAAUUGAGUCUAUACAAGCAUCUAUGGGGAAAUUAUGCAGAAUCGGUGUCGUGGGAAGCGAUGAAAGGACAAAAUGGGUAUCAUGCCGAUUUGUACAGCCAUGCUAUAGAAUUGGAAGAGAUUGUACUGAGAUACCUUUGCAUAAUGUGUCAGAGGGUCAUGAAUGUUGCAACAAUUCAUCCAUGGUAAUCGAAAUUAUUGCGAGUGAAUCCAACCGUCACCAACUUGCAGAAUCUGUUAAUCAAGGGCCCUGUGAAGUAUCAAGUCUUACCGAGUGUAUGAGGGUAAAAAUGGGUUAUGGACCAGAUCUUUACGAUGUUCGAAAUUUUGGCUUUAACCAUAUCAUACUUAUUGGGAAGCGAGAAUAUGGAAUAAUGUUUUUAGAUUGCUAUGGUCGAGUUUUUGAGUUAGACAGGAUGUCUGAUGCACUGUGGCCACUUGGGAAUUCUUUGGAAGAGGCGGCAACAAAACCCUGGACUGGCGAGGUGGCAUGGGAUGUUGAUGAAGAUGGGGUUGUUUUUGAAUGGGAGUAUUAUACUGAAGCUGAACGUACUACACAUGAUUUUAAACGUGCGGAUGAUAAGAAACCCUGGAAACUUGAGGGAGUCUAUAAAGAAAUCCCGGACAAGAACAAAAGUAAAAAAAAGAAAAGCAAGAAAAGCAAGAAAAGCAAGAAAAACAAGAAAAACAGCACGAUUUUUUAAUUUUAUAAACUUCUAUAAUCACAAUUUUACAUAUUUUUCUUUAUUAUUAGCUCUUACAGAUUUUUAUGUAAAAUACAUCUUUUUCACUUUACCUUUAACCCUACGCAAUAUCACUUUUAGUAUUUACUUUACA